AUGGAGCUAUUUACUGCGGCCCUCACCCCCUCCCUCCUCCCCUUCUAUUCGGCCACAGAUUUGCAGAACUGCGGUUCUCCGAGAAAAUGGAAAAAUCGGCGAUCGAAACAGGAUCAGGAGCUGGAUCAGGAUCAGGAGCUGGAUCAGGAUCAGGAUCAGGAUCUGGAUCAGGAUCAGGAUCAGGAGCUGGAUCAGGAUCAGGAUCAGGAUCUGGAUCAGGAUCAGGAGCUGGAUCAGGAUCAGGAUCAGGAUCUGGAUCAGGAUCAGGAGCUGGAUCAGGAUCAGGAUCUGGAUCAGGAUCAGGAGCUGGAUCAGGAUCAGGAUCAGGAGCUGGAUCAGGAUCAGGAUCAGGAUCAGGAGCUGGAUCAGGAUCAGGAGCUGGAUCAGGAUCAGGAGCUGGAUCAGGAUCAGGAGCUGGAUCAGGAUCAGGAUCAGGAGCAGGAUCAGGAGCUGGAUCAGGGUCAGGAGCUGGAUCAGGAGCUGGAUCAGGAUCAGGAGCUGGAUCAGGAUCAGGAGCUGGAUCAGGAUCAGGAUCAGAAGCUGGAUCAGGAUCAGGAGCUGGAUCAGGAUCAGGAGCUGGAUCAGGAUCAGGAGCUGGAUCAGGAUCAGGAGCUGGAUCAGGAUCAGGAUCAGGAGCUGGAUCAGGAUCAGGAUCAGGAGCUGGAUCAGGAGCUGGAUCAGGAUCAGGAUCAAGAGCUGGAACAGGAGGUGGAUCAAGAUCUGGGGCUGGAUCAGGAUCAGGAGCUGGAUCAGGAUCAGGAGCUGGAUCAGGAUCAGGAGCUGGAUCAGGAUCAGGAGCUGGAUCAGGAGCUGGAUCAGGAUCAGGAGCUGGAUCAGGAGCUGGAUCAGGAGCUGGAUCAGGAUCAGGAUCAAGAGCUGGAACAGGAGGUGGAUCAAGAUCUGGGGCUGGAUCAGGAUCAGGAUCAGGAGCUGGAUCAGGAUGCAGGGGCUUGA